AUAGGGUGUGAUAUUUUGUUAGAAAAAAUUUUUUUUUUUCACUCUCAGAAUAGCAAAAAAGAUUAUUAAUUAUGCCUCCUGUUAAAGCUUACGAACUUCGCAAUAAAAAUAAGGCCGAGGUUAAUAAACAGCUCGAAGACCUUAAGCAAGAACUCGCCGGUUUAAAAGUUCAAAAAAUUGCAGGCGGUGCAGCCUCAAAAUUAACUAAAUUGCGCGAAGUUCGAAAGUCUAUCGCACGCGUUAACACUGUAAUCUCACAAAAUCAACGAGAUGUUCUUCGCAAAGCUAUUAAACAAAGACAAAAAGAUCAACCUCCAAACUUAGUUAAUUACAAAAAAUAUAAACCUCUAGAUCUUCGACCGAAAAAAACUCGUGCUAUCCGUCGUCGUCUAACAAAAUAUGAGGUUAAUAAGAGGACUAAGCGUGCUCAUGAAAAAGCUAUUCAUUUUCCUCAACGUAAAUAUGCUGUAAAAGCAUAAAAUUGGUAAUGAUUAAUGUAUUUAUUUUAUUUGGAUAAUUACUCAUUCGGAUAAUUGUAAUGCAAAUAAAUCUCAAGCUAAGAAAAUAGAUGAAAAAUAUUCUUUCCGAAUUUUCUGAAUACACUUUUUUAUUUUUGAAAAUGAUUGAUUUUAUUAAACAGCAAAGUCGUCUUCUUCCUUUAACCUUCGCAAAUAUUUGUUUACGAUGUAUAAAACUCUUAAUGCAAAUAAAAUAAUUGUGUUAUUAAAUAAAUUAUUAAUAAAAAUUUCUUUAAUUUAUAAUAC